UGUUGUCACCUUGGUCCCGCCCCCUCUUUAAAACGUCAACAGCGGCAAACUUCGGGCUCCCCAGCAAAUAUGAGUACUGGAUCCGAGGAGCCGCGGUGGAAGAAAGUGCAUUCCGUUACGGGAGUGGUGCCGCGGUCCAGGCACGGACAUCGAGCGGCUGCCAUUCGGGAGCUCAUCAUUGUCUUCGGUGGUGGAAAUGAAGGCAUAGCGGAGGACCUCCACGUUUAUAACACUGUCUCCAGGCAGUGGUUCCUGCCUGCGGUGAGAGGAGACAUCCCACCCGGCUGCGCUGCACAUGGCCUCGUCUGUGAAGGCACUCGAGUACUGGUGUUUGGCGGCAUGGUGGAGUUUGGCAAAUAUACCAACAGCCUCUAUGAGCUUCAGGCUAACCGAUGGCUCUGGAGGAAGCUGAAACCCAGAGCACCGAGGAAUGGUGCCCUUCCCUGCCCUCGGAUUGGGCAUAGCUUCACCCUCGUGGGCAAUAAGUGUUACCUGUUUGGAGGGUUGGCUAAUGAUAGUGAAGAUCCCAAUGGCAAUGUGCCAAGGUAUUUGAGUGACUUCUAUGAGUUGGAGCUGCAGUCUGUAUCAGGGGCAAGAGGCUGGAGCACCCCAGAGACAAAUGGCACAGGUCCAUCAGCUCGAGAGUCCCACACCUCGGUUGCAUUCAGUGGCCUCGGCUCACCAAAGCUCUUCCUCUUUGGAGGAAUGCAAGGAUGCCGGUUAGAUGACCUGUGGCAGCUUGACCUUGACACAAUGGUCUGGUCAAUGCCUGAGACCAGGGGUGCCAUGACGCUUCCUAGAAGCCUUCACUCUGCCACUGUCAUCGGAAACAAGAUGUAUGUUUUUGGAGGCUGGAUUCCUGUUCCAGAGUCAGAUAAGCACAAUGCUUUAGAAACACAAUGGAUCUGCACAAACUCCUUGAGUGUCCUCAACUUGGACACCAUGAGCUGGCAGAAUGUUGGUCCAGAGGAGCAGGAGGACAUUGAAUCCCAGCUGCAAAGCCAGGGCCCUCAGAGUGAUGAUCUGUAUGCCUGUAAACCCGGAGCCAGGGCUGGUCACUGUGCCACCAGUCUUGGGUCGAGACUUUACAUUUGGAGUGGCCGAGAUGGGUACCGCAAGAGCUGGAACUACCAGGUCUGCUGCAAGGACCUAUGGUACUUGGAGACGGAUCGACCAGCCACCCCAGAGGCAGUGUUACUCAUCAAAUCCACAGUCAGCAUGCUUCAUGUGGCAUGGCGCCCUCUGGCGGCAGCAGACUGUUACAUCCUUCAGGUUCAGCCUGUGUGCCCUCCCAGAGUAGCCAGUAAUCUCCCAGCUAAACAAGAAGAUCUCACAGGAGGAAAAGAGGGGAAGCAUGCAGAGCCUGCAGGUGUCCAGUCUCUACAGAAUGAAGAAACCCAGAAACAAAGCUCUCAAAAUGAAGGAACUACUAACAGAGAAGAGGAAGCAACAGGCAAGGGUGCUCCAGCACAGGAAACAUCUGUGAAGUCAACCAGUGACUCAACAAGUGGAGCAAUGAUUGCUGGAAGGAAAUUGGAUGGUGGUCAUGCGGUUGCAGUAUCUGGUCAGGAGACACAAGUCAGUAGCUCAUCGCAGCACCACUCGGAAAAAAAACCUGCCUUGAUGGACAAGUCAUCAGAUUUCUACACUCACACAGAUCAGGGUCAAAAGAUUUCAGAGGACGCUGUGUGGUUUGAUGUUGGUGUGUUCAAAACACUAUUCUCGGAGGUCAGCCACUACUUUCUCCCUCCUGAGACUGACCAGGCAGCAACAGUCAUUAGCAGUAGGCCCUCGAACAUCAAAGAGAGGAAACUGCCGGGGCCUCAGGAUUACCAGGACAGAGGGAAGAGGGAUCUGGCUCCAGGUCAGAACUACAGGUUCAGAGUUGCAGGUAUCAACUGUUUUGGCCUUGGUGACUUUAGUCCAGUCAGCGAGUUCAAGACCUGCCAGCCUGGUUUCCCUGGAGCCCCCUCUGCUGUCAAAAUUACAAAGGCCAACGAUUCAGUCCACAUCACAUGGGAGGCUCCAUCCUCUCCAUCAGGCAGGAUCUUGGAAUAUUCCAUGUACAUGGCAGUGAAGAAAAGUCGCUCCACCAACUCGGAGCGUCCAGGUCAAAUGGCCUUCAUCAGGAUCUACCGUGGUACCAAGACCUCCUGUUCCGUUAGCUCCUCUCACCUGGACAAUGCCCACAUAGACUGUUCCGCCUCUAACCGGCCGGCUGUGGUCUUCCGCAUCGCAGCCAAGAACGAGCAGGGCUAUGGACCAGCCACACAAAUCCGCUGGAUUCAAGAUCCCAGUAAGCUGCGAAUAUCUGCCUCCAAAGCCGACAGCCGUGCAGAAGCUGAUGAGGAUGCAGCUGAUAGCUCCGGUUAAAGCUCAUAUUUGGGGGAUAAACUUUACCCUCAGGACGUUGUCAGUGUACUCCACCCAGUUGUUGUAUUGUAUUUCUUAGAAAGUUUUGAUAUUUAUUUUUUUUAUGUAUUUAAUUGUUCCGUUGUAAAUAGAAACUUAUAUUUACACAUGGAGCUUUACCACAUGGUUGUUUUAGUUAGAAUAUAUUUUGUUAAUAAAAACAAAAUAUGAUUUGAACAAAACUUCAGCUAGUAUGACUGAUUUAAGAUUGGAGGUAUCUUUGCUUUACCCAGUUAGGUCAUGGUCAGGUUCGAUACGUUUAGGGCAUAAAUGACCAAAAUUUAUAUAAUGCUAUAAGUUAUGCUCUUCAUUUGUGUUUUGAGGAAUUUUGUUCUUGGGCAGGGCCGUGUGCUACUGCAAUUGCUUUUUUAUGUCACAUUUAUUUUGUUGAAUUCCUUUCAUUGUCAUCAUUUAUCAGGUUCUUCUCACACUAGAUGAAGCUAAAGUGAAGUAAAAAUAAACUCCUUUCUUGGUGCUGUAAUAGUUCUUCAGCAAAGUUCUAUUUCUGAUGUAAAGUUCAGGGUAAUAAAUAAUUCCAAUGCUAA